AUGGAGCUCUGGGACGCUGGCCACGGGACGCGGCGUGGGCAGGGGGUGCCAGCGCUCCCCCCGCAGGAGCGCCUUGCUAUCUGGGAAGGUGUGUCUGACUACAUUGUAUGGCAGCUGAUGCUGAGCCAGGGAGUCAGGAUUAUUCGGCUGGGCACCUUCAGUGUUGUGAGGGAACAAGUUGUUGGUGGGAAACGUGGUCUUCUGACUGUUCGCAGACCCAUGUUCCAUCUUUCGAAGAAUAUUGCACAGGUUCUCGGCCUCUCCCAUGAUGAGGCCUAUGCUCCUGGUCACAAGGAAAUGGAGCCCCUGAAGUGUGCUCGCAUAGCCUCGGACAUGUCUGUUCCUCGGCAAACAGUGGAGGCUUGCGUAGAAGAGACCCUGCGUGAGUUCUGCCGCUGCCUCAAGAGUGGGCAGAAUGUUGCCUUUGUGUUGAAGGACGUUGGCAUGCUUGUUAUUCAAGGGACCAACGUGAAAAUGAGAUUUUACAAAAGCCUUCUGCAAAGGCUGAAUGGGACUGAACAGCGGCUUGCAGCUCUUCUUGGGAUGCCAGAGAUGAGGGAUUCAGUGCUCUCGCGCACCAAAACUGCUGCUUCCCAGACCCUUUCUGGUCGUGUCUUUGUCUUCCCAGAGUACAAGCUUGAGAGUGUAGCUAGAAAGCCACCUGUGAGGCCCAUGGCAGCUGCGAAGGCCACCCAGGCAGAGGAGAGGGGAAAAGCUGACUGCAGUGGCAGGAAAGGCAAUCUCCCUGCCAACCACCUCCUCUUGAGAGAGCGGCUUCCUGCACGCAGACUAACUGCUCUGAACAUGGAGAAAGGAAAGGGAGACACAGGCAAGGGCAAAGCUCCUCCUGGCAGUGUGCUCCCAGCCAUCGGAGAGAGCUCCUUGAGGAAGGUGGAGAAAGGCAGGAGGAAGCCAAGUGCUGAAGAAUCAUCAGCAAAGCCAAAGGAAAAGAAAGAAAGGGCAGCACUGAAGGCUACGAGAGACAUGGAAGAGUCAGAGGGGAUCCAGGUUCGGCGGAUGUCAAGGACCCUGACAAACCUGCGGCCUGACCUCAGCCUGCCCACGACCAGCAGGGACGAGAGGGCCGAUGACCGUGCUGGGGAGAAAAAGCCAAGCAUUAAGGACGUGUACAUCUACCACCUGGGGCCAGAGGAGGAGAUGACGGUCUACGUUUACUUCUCCCACAUAGACGAGGAGGAGAAGAAGAAAGAGCAGCAGUCAUCGCAAGAGACAGUAUAUGGCGAUUCGUUCACUUGCUGGAUGAUGGAGGAGUGGGAGGAAUAUAAAGGAGCAUCAUCUGCAGAGUACAAGGCCAGCAGCACCUCCCCAAAAAGGAUGGUUUCCAAGCAAAGUCUCCAGGCGCUUCAAGCAGCAGUGACAAGCCUAGUGAAGGAGGCAAAGAGUUGUGUGGAAGAGGUGGGAGCAAAGAAUGCUACUGAAGAACCCGAGUGCCUCAGUGUGCUCCCAGCCAUCCGAGAGAGCUCCUCAAGGAAGGUGGAGAAAGGCAGGAGGAAGCCAAGUGCUGAAGAAUCAUCAGCAAAGCCAAAGGAAAAGAAAGAAAGGGCAGCACUGAAGGCUACGAGAGACAUGGAAGAUCCAGAGGGGAUCCAGGUUCGGCGGAUGUCAAGGACCCUGACAAACCUGCGGCCUGACCUCAGCCUGCCCACGACCAGCAGGGACGAGAGGGCCGAUGACCGUGCUGGGGAGAAAAAGCCAAGCAUUAAGGAUGUGUACAUCUACCACCUGGGGCCAGAGGAGGAGAUGACGGUCUACGUUUACUUCUCCCACAUAGACGAAGAGGAGAAGAAGGAAUAG